CAUACCAAAGAUGUUCAACUCAUCUUGCAUCGCUUCAGUUUCUCAUUCCACGGUCGAUGGAAACCAGUAUCCUAGACAGGGGGAGGACAAGAGUACGGAGGGGAGCGAAUCUUAUAAAAAAAGAAGAACUCGGUCGCGAAGUUAUUAUAGAAGAAGAAGUGGCAACUGGGGUUUCGAUAUCUGAAACCCUAAUUGUCGUCGUCUCCGCCGCUCUCAUCACCGUCAUCUCCGCCGUAACUCGUCACCAUAUUCAAUCGCUUGACACCGCCACAGCCACCUACAAAAGAGAAGGAGAACUGAGGAUCAACACCAAAUUGAAACAGCCCAAGAAUCAAAAUCUGAACAAUCACGAAAGAGGGUAA